UCAGGUAAAACCGCCAGUCAUACGUUUGCUCGUACUACUAGUGGUGACUACUGAACGUGAGGCUGUUCCAACAAUCGUGGAGCUGCUGUCCAGCAAAUUCUUUUUUCAAUCUAUUUCUAACUCUAUCUAAAUCUAACUGUAUCUAAAGUAAUCUGCGCGAACAUUGCUCGUGCGUGAUACGACAGGUUCGCCUCGCGCUCCGCCACGACUCACGAGUCACGACGGACGCGGUAUUUUUUGUCCUGACUCCUGACGUAUGCUUGAAUUGUCUUGUAAAAAUCCGAGAUGGCCGACAAGUUUGACAUCGAACUGCUCAUCAGCCUCGUGAAGACGCGGAGCAUGUUGUGGGACAAGAGCCUGGAGAGCCACAAAGACCUCGGCCUGAGGGCCGCCACUUGGAGGGAGAUCUGCAAAGCCCUGUGUCCUCAAUACGAGACCCUGUCUAAGAAGGACAAGCACUUGUACGUCAAAUCAGUUAUAAAGAAGUGGACGAAUAUCCGAGACGCGUGGAGGAAAAGUGUGAUAGAAACAAAAACGAAGAAGAAGAUGAAGCCGUACCUAUACCACAAGCACUUAAGGUUUCUAGAGAAGAACUUGCAUAACGUUAAAGAAUCAUUAGAUCUAGACGAAGAAGAUAGUAAGACGAGUGGAGUGGAGAAUGAGGACGGAGAGAAACAAGAGAAAGUAGAGAAACUGGAGAGGAUACAUAAAUAUUUAUCCGUUGAUAGUGAUGAUAGCUCUGAUGCGCAUUAUACUGCGAUAGCAGAUCUCAGGGACAGCUCCACAGGUAGAAAAAGAAGAGUAGAAGAAAUACCCGAAACAGAAAGCACCAUUCAAGUCGUGGACGUGAAUAACUUGCGAAGUCACAUGGAAGAAAGUCCUCACAUUUGCUUUAUCCGAAGUCUUCUUCCCACCCUGAACAAACUCAAUGAUGACGAGGUGUUGGACUUUCAGGGCGGAGUUAUCCAGCUGUUGCAGAGAAUAAGAAAGAGAGGAGUUCUCAGUGAAACCAUUCCAAAUUAUGGGCUUCCGUCCUCCAGUAUAGAUGUUAACCCCAUUAAAGUCUUUAACGAGGAAAUCUAAAGUUUAAAGUUGGGAUUUUUUAUUUUUUAUAAGUGUUGAGUUGUGCUAGAAGGUUUUUAAUAAUUAAGAGAGCAUUAGGUAUAUAUAUAUAUGUGUAUAAUUUAUAAUUAGGUAUUUAGUAAUUAGUAGGUAGCAUUAGUGUACCCAUUUCGUUACCUUUCUUUAAAAUGAAUUAAGUAAGAUAAUUUUAAAAGUUAAAUGAAGGUAGGGUACAUAUUGUUUAUUCAAAGAUUAUACUAUUACCAUACCAUAAUAGUGCCACAGCAAAGUGUUAUGUGGAGUGUGGUUGAUUGUUGUAUUUGCUCAUUUCAACUUGAAGCCGAAGCAUAAACUCAAGGUAGACUUAUCGAAAAAUAAACACGUUUAAAUGUUACUUAUCAUUGAAACAAUACUCAAACCCUCAUUCCUGUUGAGUAAUCAUUUGAUAAGGGCUUAACUAAAUAUCUACGAGUACCUAUCCAAUUCAGUCAAGAAAACAUUUUAACUGAAUUUAAGCCUUAAUUUAUUGGCGAUAGAAAGUAAAUUGCAAAGAAUUUGUUAUGAGAAACUUUACUGGUCGCAAUUCAAGCUAAAAUAAACCCUGUAUCUUAAUAAAGUGAGUUGAAAUUUGAACGACAAGUGAAAAGGAAUUUCGGAAAGGGUAAACUUAGGAUAAAGUAGAAGUUAGUGAGUUUAGUCAGAACGUUAAUUUGUGUAGCGCAUCGUGUUCGCAAGGCUGGCAGCAGUGUUGGAUGACUAUCAGUUGCGAUUGUUGGCAGAUACAGUUUAUUCUGUGGAAGUUCGCGCGCCGCGCGCCGCGCUCCUAACCUCCGAAUUGAAAGAGCUCUCGGCCCUCCCCCUCCGCGAAGGGAAAGGGUUUGAACAUAAAGCCGUGUUAUCUUUUGUGACGCCGUGCGAUGUAGAUUGAGCACGCUGGCUUUAUCGAACACAUUUGAAUGAUUACUAACUUGAAUAGAACUAAUAGGUGAGAGGCGAAAUUGUAUCAGAAUGAUCAAUGCCUCAUUUAAAAGAAAUCAACUAACUGAUUAUUAUAUGAACAUAAAACUGAAAUCACUGGGGAAGUUAAGAUUUUGAGACUCUAAGCAAGGAUUUUCAAAAUACAUCCUAGCUCAGCAAAGCUGGUUUAAGUACCAGUCAGAGGAUUGAUCUCCUUACCCUCAAUGUAUAAGCUAUUAGCCAGCUAGCUUAGCGUGCUUUUGCUACAAGUCAUUAUCAAAAGGAUUCCCAUAAACGAAUUCUGAAAUGUGGAUCACAUAAUUGCUUUCAAAAAUAAAUAAUCUAACAAUCCCACAAACCAGGUGCUCAACACAGCAUAUUCUGGUUUUCAUAACGGAAAACUGGAGUCCGAAAAAUAAGAAUUUAACUAUACGUCAUUAAAUAGCAUAUUUUUGAAAAGGUUUUCUGAUGUUA